CCAGCAGUUCGCCGGGAAUGGCGGACACUGUCGUUCGAAGCUAGACAAAACUACGUCGCAGCAGUCCAGUGCCUUUCCGACCGAUCUUCUCGCCUAGGAUUGAACACCACUCGUUAUGACGACUUUGUCUAUUCGCACCUGGCCGUAGCCGAUCAUACGCAUAACACACCAUUAUCAAUGCCAUGGCACCGACUAUAUACCCAGAAAUACGAACACGUACUGAGGAAUGAAUGCGGAUAUUAUGACAGUCUCCCUUAUUGGGAUUGGACUCUGGAUUCCACAAAUCCUUCAAUUUCCCCCGUCUGGUCGAACGAGUACGGCCUAGGUGGCAAUGGCAGCUUACCAGAUAACUGUAUUAUUGAUGGGCCUCUUGCUCAUAUGAAACCACAGUAUCCUACACCACAUUGCUUGAAAAGAAACUUUGGGAUCAAAAAUAUGUAUGGAAUAAACUAUACCACAUCGAUUGUUGAAGACUUGAUCACGACUGCAACUACCUAUCACGACUUUCGUCUUCGACUUGAACGUGGCCCACAUCGAUUCGUUCAUAUAGGAAUUGGAGGAGAGAUGGCUGAGUUUUGGUCAAGUAACGAUCCAAUCUUCUUUUUACACCAUGCACAGAUUGAUCGACUAUGGUGGAGAUGGCAACGCCAGGCUGAAAAUGGUCAAAUUCGAGGUUAUGAUAACAUCACAGAAGAUGGGAACAGUUUUGAACUUGACGAGAAUUUGCCGAUUUCGGAUCACGACAUACUAAAGUUCAAUGGACUCGGUGACGACAUCACAGCUGGAGAUGUCCUUUCGACAGAGACCUCGAUUCUGUGUUAUAGAUAUGAGUAA